CCAGCUUAAGUAACUGUUUCUUAAUGGUCCAUUAAAUUACCUCCAAGAUAAUAGCCAAGACCACAGACUAUCUAAAAAUAAAAACCUAAUUUGAUUUAGCUAGCUGCAACCCAGUUCUAGAUAAUUGAAAUGCUCACCACAAACAGCAUGGCUAAACAGAACCUGAACUUAUCCCUCGACCCCUCUUUAGAUAUCAGCGACCUGGUCACAUCUGCUAUUCACAUGAAGCAGGCCAGGGUCAGCGAGCUUAUUAAGUCAGGGAAGAAGGAAGUAGCGCCGUAUAAAGAUGACAUUACAUUGACAAGUAGGAAGCUUCAGGCUAAAAUGGUGACUGAAGAGGCAAGGAGAUCGCUUGAAUAUGCUAGAGUUUAAAAAUGCAGCAGCAUUGACUAAAGACGACUAUCAUGCUAGAAAAGCUCUUGUUGACCAAAAGCUCGAAAAACUCCUCCAAAAAGCCGAAGAAGGUGACAGCGACGACCUCGACCAGUACAUCGCUGAGCUCGAAGACGACGCUCUCGCCGACCAGAUCCGCACACAGGUCGGAAAAUCCAAGCCUUCUCUUCCAAUAAAACCAACUGAAACAUGCAAAACCCUUGUCCAAAAACUCCAGCAAGAACGUCGCAAAAGAAAGGCUGCCCAACGCCUUAGAAUAAAAGAGCAAGAACUCCGUCAGCAAAAAAUACAGGAAGAGAAGCUCAAAUUGCUUCAAGAGCAAGAACAGAAGGAAAAGGCUGAAUUCGAGCAGAAAUAAACAAAGCAUAAUAGAAACUAUCCAGGCUCGUAGACAAAGAAUCAAAGAUUUCAAGCAAGAUGAUAAGAAACAAAUACAUAAAUACGUCAGCAGAUCCCCUCUUCAUCAAAAGAUACAGGCUGAGUUCCAGGAUGAGGACAAAGGCUUCAUGGGUUCAGAGCUACAUAGGAGAAAAGAGAUGCUCUCACAGAUCAGGAACCUGCACCAACCGAUAAGACUGAACGAAAUUAAGCAGCACUCGGAGCAUAAAAAACAACUGUUUAAGGAGAAAAUGAAGGAAUAUUUCAAGAGAAGAGCAACUUAUGCGCAUGCAGCGAAGGAUAACAAGGAUAGAUAUAACUCCAAAUUCUGGAAAGUUGUAAAUAGCCGAGAGCAGAUUGAAAAAACUCUAGCUGAGAAGGAGAAAUCUCAGGUAAAAGAAAAACUCAAAAGAUCAUUGAACUAUGCAAAGAACAUUAAAGAGUUGUAUAAACCAACUGUUAGUAAGAAGAAGAAACUUGAGAUGGAGUUAAUUAAGAAAAAUCUUGAGAACCCUCAUUCUCUUUCAAAGUCUCGUAGAGGUCUCCAAACUACGAAGGAAAACCACAACAGUAGUAUGAUGUCUCCAGUCAGCAACAAGUUAAGCACAGAGUCAUCCCCUCCUUUAAGAAAGAGCCAUAAGAAGUUCUUGAAGCCAAAGCCUUUGGAUGAGAAGAGGUAUUCUUACCAUCCAAAGCCUAACGAAAAAUAUCCAUUUGUAAAGCACGACUAUCUCCAAGAGAGAAGACAGAAGAAGGAAGACAAGAUUUACUCAAGACAGAACAAAAGUCAAGAGAGAUGGGAACAAGAUAUGCUCAAGGGCCACUAUACCCAAGGUGAAAGGAUAGAAUACAUCAAGCAGAAGGCAUCAGUAAUGGAGGAAGAAAUGAACAGGAAAGAGGCUCUGCUUAAAGCUAAUAAUACUUCCACUAUUGAUGACACUAGAGAAAUCAAUGGGAUGCUCAUAGACUCUAUUAGAACAAAGCUUGAACUUCUCAGCGGCAUUAACUAGU